AUGUUCUUCGACAACGUCAUCCGAUUCCUGGCCCUCUUGGCCCUUUUGAUCUUCUCUGCUCAAGCCGUUAAUGCUCAGUACUACGCCAUCACCGGAGUACAGACCGGCAUCAGUCAAUCAGGAGCCAGGCCGGCGAGACGUAAUAUCCUGGACAUGCAGAAUGAUGUACCAACAUGGUCUCUUUAUAUCCAAGCUCUGGCUGCUCUCCAAGAUAUGGAUGAGAAUGAUCAACUUUCAUACUUCCAAAUUGCUGGCAUUCAUGGCCGCCCUUAUAUCCCCUGGAAUGGGGUUUCUGGGGUCCCUGGCUCUGGAUGGGGUGGCUACUGUACUCAUGGCUCAGUUCUGUUCCUCACUUGGCACAGGCCGUAUCUCGCUCUCUAUGAACAACUCCUUGCCAGUCACGUGCAGACAAUUGCUCAGACUUACGAUUCGACGACCUACCAGGCUGCUGCAAACAACUUUCGAAUUCCUUACUGGGAUUGGGCAUCUAUCCCUACUAUGCCAGAUGUCGUCAGCCAGCAAUAUGUUCAAAUUACUACUCCUUCUGGAGUGAAGACGGUAGCAAAUCCGUUGUAUCAAUACAAGUUCCACACAUUUCCACUCAAUCCAGCAUACUUCCCAUCCUCUGAUGGUUCUCUCGCGAACGAUCAGUUUACAAUCAGAGACCUCACUUAUAAUGUCAACACGGCACUCGCGAGUGAAGGUCUGAUGGCAAAAACUUAUUACACAUUAACGAAAGACACCACAUUCGAUACGUUCUGCACUACUGCCACAGGUGGUUCUUCACUCGAGGAUGUCCAUAACACUAUACAUGGCACCAUUGGUGGCGGUAAUGGCCAUAUGAGCUAUCUUAGCUAUGCUGCAUUUGAUCCUUCUUUUUGGCUCCAUCAUGCAAAUGUUGACCGGAUCUUUACACUUUGGCAAUCCAUAUUUCCUUACCAAUACCUCGCGCCUCUGACGGAGGGCCCAGGUACAUUCGCGCUUCCUCCAGGAACUCUCGACACCCAAUCGACUCCACUUGAACCAUUCUCCUCAAACAGCCAAGGGCAGUUCCACACCUCAGCAUCAUCUUGGAAGACAAGCACAUUCGGCUAUACCUACCCCGAAAUCCAAGACUGGAACCAAACCCCCGCCCAGCUGCAACAAAACGUUUCCGCGAUCAUCAACGGGAUGUACCACCCCCAAGGCACAUUCUACAAGCGCGGCGCAUCUCACGUUGCCCAAACCAAAGAGUGGUCCGUCGCUCUCAAAGUCUCCAAAUACGACCUCCAAGGCGAACGCUUCAUCGUCCGAGUCUUCCUUGGCCAAGCCCCCAAAAAACCAGAAGAUUGGCCCUUCAGUAGCGGAUGCGUGGGCUCGUUCUCUGUUUUCCCUCCUCCACAUCAAGGCAGCGGACCGUAUCCGACCAUCAUCGCGUAUUCGGAAAUUGCUUUGACGAAAGGGUUGGAGGAGAAUGGCGUUGAUCCGAUGAAUGUUGAGGCUGUGGAGAAGUGGUUGGAGAAUAAUCUGAAGUGGGGAGUGCAGAAAUUUGACUUGACUGUUGUUCCGAAUGAGCAGGUCCCCAGUUUACAGCUGGUUGUUCAGGACGAGAACGUGACGCAACCAAGGCAUAUCACUGAGCUGCCGACGUAUGGAGAGCGGACAUUGCAUCCUGGCGUUACUCAGGGGAAGUAGCUGCUGAUUUGGGUGUUGGUUGAAUACGGCGGAUGCUCUCAAGCGGCUGGAGCGUGAUGAAACACCCUGGCUCCAGUGCUACACUGGCGCGUUCGCCAUCGCUAUUGCCUGCUUUAGGGAGAGAAUAUGAGUGCGGUACUGUACUUUUACUGAGCUUCGAGAGUUGAUAGAUCACGGAGACAGUUCUCAAAGCGCUGUAACCAAUUGAAGUUCUGGAAAAAUGAAAUGCGUC